AGGACACCAACCUGCCGUUAGCACAAGAAGCAGUAGUGGGUUCAAAAUCAUACAAACACCUCUAUUAACUAAACAUAACCUACUGUAAUAAACAAGGAUACGUUUUAAAAUAAAUUUGUUACCAAGAAAUCAGAGGAUUUUUGAAGUUAAAAAUGGAUAAUUUGAUAACAAUUGAAAACAUGAAGGUUUUCUUGGUCUUAACCAUAUGUGGUUCAGCCAUUUUAUUGUUAUUGGCAAAGAUUUGGAAAUUCUUUCGUAUGUGGCAAAGUGUUUCAAAAAUUCCAGGUCCCCCAGGAGUUCCAAUUCUUGGAAAUAUACUGGAAUUCGUUCCUGGAGAUUUAGCUCAGAAUUUUAGAGUAGUGAAGAAGUUCAUGAAAUGUGGACGCAACGUGAAGGCAUGGUUCGGCCCCUUCCCAAUAAUUCUCAUAUAUGAUAAGGAUGACAUCCAAAAAAUUAUAGGGACCAAACAGGCAGAAAGCAGAGGACCACUCGCUACCAAGUUACUGAAAGAAGUCUGUCUCAAUGGAUUAUUCUCAUCGGAAGGCAAUGUAUGGAAACGUCACAGGAAAAUAGUUCAAUCGACUUUUCAUAAUAAUGUAUUAAAAAAUUUUGUUGAUAAUUUUUCGAAAAAUUCUUUGAUUCUGACGGAGAGAUUGAAAACAGUGGCGGAUGGAGAAAGUUUCGAUAUAUUUCGAUAUAUCGGAGACUGUACUUUCGACGUACUUUUCGAAACAGCAUUUGCUUAUAAUAUGGAUAUUCAGAAGGGAUGUAACGUGUCUCUUGCGAAGAAUAUCUUGAGAAUUAAUGAUAUUCUCACCCAGAGAUGCACAAACCCUUGGUUACUGAACGAUACGAUGUUCAGGCUAACUAAAAUGAGUAAGGAAUUUGCGCAACUGAACAGUAUCAUGCACGGAACAGUAGCAAAGCUAAUAGAAGAAAGAUGCAACUCAUUCAGAGAGAGCGCUAAAGGGAAACUUGAUGUGGAUGACGCUGAUAAUAUGACGAAAUCUAAACCGGUGCUGCUGGAUAUUCUGAUAUCAGACGGCCAGUUAUCUGAUUACGAUAUCAGAGGUGAAUUAUUGACAGCUCUUUUGGCGGGAACUGAAACAACAGCUACCACCUGUUGCUACGUCCUGUGCGCGUUGAGUGAGCACCAGCAGGUACAGGAGAAGGUUCUGGAAGAACAGAGACGCAUAUUCUGCAAAGACUUUCUGCGCCCCGUCGCAGCUGAAGAUGUGUCACGCAUGGUUUAUCUGGAACAGGUGAUAAAGGAGACCAUUCGCAUCCUUCCUCCAGUUAUAUUCGUUCACAGGCAGAUGGAUGAAGACACGUUGUUGCAUGACGGAUGUGUUCUCCCAGCUGGCGUGUUCACUUUAAUAUUUACUUACGGAGUACAUCGGGACCCUGAGGCGUUUCCAGACCCAGACCGUUUCGACCCGGAACGCUUUUCACCUGAAAACACCUUGGGAAGGCACCCCUACUCCUACAUACCGUUCGGAGCAGGUCGCAGGAUCUGCGUUGGUUAUAAGUAUGCUCUGAGCGAAGCGAAAACAAUCCUGUCGUCGAUCCUGAGACGCUACCGCGUCCUGGAGACGAAGGGGGCAGUCAGUGCUGUGGAAGAUAAACUCCAGCUUGGGAUAAUCACUGUGCCGAAGGAAGGGGUGUAUAUUAAGCUUCUACCACGAGAAACUGAAAUAUAAAUUACAUAAUUUACCCCAUAAGUGCCAAGCAUCGAAAAUUUCGACCUUUACAAAUACUGCUAUAUUCGACAAUAUGUGAUGGCUGUUGGUAUUUCAUAUGAAGUACAUAGUCAAAGACACACUGUAAGAUUUAAUCUCCUGCAUUCUAAGUUCUUAGGGAAUUUUAUAUAUCUCUCAACAUAGCAGUACCGAAUCUGCGUUUCUGUCCGUGCGAUAACUUGCAGUUGCAGGAGAAUAAAUUUUUUUUUUCCGUUUACAACGAGGUUUACUGUAGAGCAAAUGCAUGUAAAUAGUCAUUUGUAAAUGUGGUAAGACUCACAGUAGAGGCCCCUCAUGUGUGACGCAAGACAAGAUCGAGUGUGUGUGGUAUUGAAGUGUUCUGAAACUGAAAU